AUGAAUGAUGAAGGGGAGCCUUUGCAGAAGGGCACAGCAAGAGGUGAAAGAGAUGAAGUUGAUAUCAGCUGGAUAUCCAAAAUAAGAGGAAAAGGAAAUAAAGUUAGAGAAAAGUUCAUUUCUUCAUCAGAAUUAGGAGAAAUGGAUAUAUCUUGCUCAGAAGGUAUCUUAGACUAUUAUGAUCUUCCAAUAGCAUGUGGUCAGUUACCAACCCAAGUUGGUCCAUCUCUUCAAAAAGCAUCUUUCAUUCCUCCUGAACAGCAGGAACCAAAAGAAGAAAGAAAUAAAAAUUAUUCCCAAGUAGUAUGUCUGAAAAAUGGCAAACCUACGGUUAUCAAAGAAAUACCUGAAAACAAUCAACUAAGGCAGACAGAGACUAGUGUCAAAGGGGAUAAAUGUGGGCUAAUUGAAGCAACAAUGAAAGAGGAUAAUAAACCUGAAGGAGUGAGAGGUGACAAGGAGCAUGAUUCACAGAGAAUGGAGUCAGAGAUAAGCAAGCAUUUGGGAAACCAUGAUAAAAGUAAAAAACAAACAUCUACUUUCUACCUUGGAACGUCCAGAUCAAGUCAUCAAGAGCAUGAAACCUUUCUACCAGAGUGCUCACUAGACCUUAAUGUAAACAGAAAUGAAAGCAAGCCCAGGGACACACCAUCUUCCCAAGCAUUCCUACUCAAACCUUGCAAGCAAACAACAACAACAAAGUCAAAACAAUGGCAAACAUUCAAGGCAUUUUGCCCUCAACAUAAAGAAGACCCAAAACUAGACUAUGUACAAAAAGAUAUAACAGGGAUGCCAAACAAACCAAUCUUAAGACCCAUUUUUGUGGGGUUGGAGGAACAGCAAACAGAUGGCCCAAAGGAGCCGCCGAGUGGAAUAAAAGUAACAAAUCCUGGGACAACUGGUGGUAACCCAGAUCGUGAAUUUGACCCCAACACCAGUCAUGUUGGUGGUGCCAAAGAUCAUGAUAUCAACAAUCCUAGAUUUCACAUCCCACUCCCCUUGUUCACCAGAGUGGAGCACAUUAAACAAGAGAUGGCUAGAGACAAUAUACAUUUUGUCCGAUUUGAAGCAACAGACCUACAUGGAGUGUCCAGGUCCAAGAGCAUUCCAGUCCGUUUUUUUACAGAAAAAGCAAUCCAUGGUAUUUCCAUGCCCAGAAGUUAUCUUGAACUGACUCUGAAUCCUAAAGACAGUGAAGUGGAUCAUCUAAGCGUAGCCAGUUUUAAUAGUGACAUCAUCCUGAUCCCAGAGUUAUCAACCUUUAGACUUCUCCCAUGGGCCGAGAGAACAGCAAGAGUGAUAUGUGAUCCCUUUACCAUAAUGGGCAACCCUCUAUUGACUUCUCCCAGGCACAUUGCCAAACGACAGCUGAACCACCUGCGGGACAAUGGUUUUUCUCUGUUUUCUGCAUUCACCUAUGAAUUCUGCAUUUAUGGUGUUGCUGAAGUCAUAGAUUCAAAGACAAUAUCCUUUCCCAUGGGAAUGUUACUAAGCAGUCAUGACCAGCUCUUCAUUCAGGAGCUUGUUGAGGGAAUGUAUCACAUGGGCGUCAAUAUUGAGAGCUUUUCUUCUUCCAUUGGGCCUGGGCAGAUGGAAGUAACUUUUUGGCCAGAAUUUGGCAUCGCUGCAGCAGAUAAUGCCUUUACCUUCAGGACAGGUAGCAAAGAAGUAGCAAAAAAGCACAAUUAUCUAGCCAGCUUUUUUACUGAGACAGGAUUUUACAAUUCAGGAAUUCUGGCCCAUAGUCUGUGGGAUACCAGUGGGAGGAAAAACAUGUUUUCUACUGGCUCCAGGGCACAACAGCUCACAGACAUUGGGAAGAAAUGGUUAUCAGGGCUCUUAAAGCAUUCUGCUGCUCUCAGCUGCCUAAUGGCACCUGCUGUCAGCUGCAGAAAGCGUUAUUCUAUGGAUUGCAAAGAACCAAAGGAAUGCGUGGCCCCAACAUGGGGAUAUAAUGAUAACAGCUGUUCUUAUAAUAUCAAGUGUCAUGGUGAGAAAGGUGCUCAAAUAGAAAAUAAACUGGGUUCAGCCACAGCAAACCCUUACCUUGUACUUGCUGCUACUGUUGCUGCUGGUUUAGAUGGAAUUCAAAAUGGGAAUAGCCUCUUGGAUGAUCCAGAAGACAGUGAAAACCUUGUUCAAAAAAAAGCUUCAGAAAUCCCUCUAAAACUGGAAGAUGCUUUAGUGGCACUUGGAGAAGAUAAAUGUUUGCGGGAAGCUCUGGGAGAUGCCUUUAUACAUUAUUUUAUUGCCAUGAAGCAGUAUGAAUUGGAAAAUGAAGAAAGUGAGUCAGAGAGAAAUAAAUUCCUAGAGUAUUUUAUUUAG